AUGAUUUCUCAGACGCUAGACUUGGAGGAAGCGGGCGAAAAAGGUUGGGGGGCAGCAGAAGAGGUCUGUCAAAGUGCUUUCGAUCAGGUACUGGCGAGGAGCAGCAGAAUAAUCGAGUGCGACGUCAUCAUCACCAUCAUCAUGGAGGGCUUCUUGAACGACAACUGUACAACGAUGAGCGUACAAUUGGAAGGCAGCUGUUUCACGACAAAAGAAAGCUCUACCAUCAACUGGAAGGGGCCGAGAGGCGCGGAGAUCUAUACGGAACGGGACCAUAUGGGAUCAGUCCAUAUGGAAUGGGUGGCAGUAUCAGAAGUCGUCUUGGCGGUGUAUACCGAAGUCUAA